UGAGCUCAACGAGCGUGCGGAGUGCUGGGGUCGGCGACGCGAAUGUGACUCCUCUAGAGUUGCAGGUGUCUAUAGGCUACGGAAGACUGCGUAUCAUCAGGCGGACCGUAUGCUUGUUUGCCACCGACGUAGUUUAAAAAAAAUGUAAUAUAAUUAUAGAUUUACGGAAAUUACCAGCACAAAAUGACGUGUUUUAAAAUCUUAUCUCAUAAAAUAUCAGUUUCCAAUAUCUUAAUUACCUCAUUGAUAACGAUGCAAUCUCUGAAUUGUUUAGUUUUAACAAAUUCAUAUCGAACACCAGUGUCUUUCACAAAUGCUUCUAUACGGCCUUUUGUUUGCGUUCUUUUGUUUCUCGUUCAGAGAAGUGACGGCGAAGUGUGAAAGGGCCAGUAUCUGUGUGACGGAUGCGACCGCGGCGAGUCAGUGUGGGCCAGGCCAAACGUUCGAGCCAGAUGGCUCCCACAUAUUUGGGUGUUGCCCGGUGUGUCAAGCGAGCAGUGGAAUACCCGUGGAGGAGGACGGCUGUAAAGAACCUUCAUCAUGUUUAGAUGAUGGACGUUACGCUCCAGUGCAGUGCAAGGGUGACAUGUUCACAGGAAGAUGUUUCUGUAGCGACGAAGAUGGCAACAGGAUAUUUGGACAGAUGUGGAGGAGCGAGGCCAGUGAAAUGACUUGCGCCUGUAGUAGAAGAAGAGCGGAGUUACAAGCUCAGGGCAGAAGUGACGUAACCCUUCAUUGUACUGCGACUGGCAACUAUGAGCCGUUGCAGUGUGAUGAUGGAUUCUGCUGGUGUGCUGAAGCUCGCACUGGGCAGCCAACAGUACCGCCGGUGCCGGAGGAGAAUAUGAAGUUGCUACCUUGUUAUAGCGCCGGCAUGAUGGGAGAACAGUACCUCCGCCGCUGUGAAAGUAUCGUGUACGCAUUAGGCUUGAUCAACCAAGAGCAAUCUGAGCACGGAACCAACUUCCUAGGGAACCCCAAUACGUUCUGCGAUUACGACGGAAGCUACGGGCCUUAUCAGAUCCUGAAUGGCAUUGCCUAUUGCACGGAUAAGGAGGGAGAAAUUUUAGGCGCCUGGCAGGCCAUGUCGAGCGAAAUGGCUGGAAUGAAUUGCAACUGCGCUCGUGACACAGUGAUGUAUUUCCCCGAACGCGGCAUGACCGUCACGGAUGUCUGCCAAGGCAACGGCAACUACCGCCCUAACCAAAACGUUGGCGAUGUAUACUACUGCGUCGACAGGGAUGGCUAUUACAUUGAGCUGCUGGACGCGUGGCCUGCUGACAAUUGUGCCAGUUACGCGUAAACAUAACUCUGUCUCGAUCUAUUUGUGUCUUUAUCUUUAUUUUCUACAUGUCAAAUCUCUGCCAAGGCAACGGCAGCCCAAUCAAGAACGCCGUCGUCGAACAUCGACAGGGACGGCUAUAACAGCGAGCUACGAGACGCGUGAUGGCCUACCCACCAAUGUGUUAGUUACGCAUAAAUAAAGCUAUCUCUCUGACUCUAUACGUUUCUUUCUCUGUUUGUUAGUCGUUCGUAUUAUUUACUACAAAGGCAACUGCUGCUCUAACCAGAAAGUAGGCGUCGUCCACUACUGCGUCGAAAGUGUUGCGUGGCCUACUGACCAAUGCGCUAAUUACGCAAAUCUAUCGCUCAGUCUGUCUCACUCUAUUUGUUCCUUUAUUAUUGUUUACUACCUGUUGUCUACAGGUAGCGACAACUAAAUAUCAUUCCAAUCCGAAUUUCGGUGACGUCUACACUACUGCGUUGACAGAUACGGCUAUCACAUCGAGGUUCUGGACGCGUGGCCAACUGAGCAAUGCGUUGAUUAUGCAUAAAUAAAGAUGUCUGUCUCA